CACCUCACUGUGCCCGGAGGACACGACGGGACAGGACGGGAGCGAGAGGAGCUGCCAGGAGCCCCUGUGCAGACGCCUUGUGCCCUGUUGAUCCGUGUCUGCUGUCUACGGCGCUUUUCCUACACGUCUCCCAUCCCUGCAGCAGGAGCCCUUGAGGCCAGACAGCAGCGGGAUGACGUGGAGACCCCCAUUCACACCCAGGGUGGUCUGGCUGAAUGACGAUAGUGAGGAUGAGGACGAGGAGGAGAAGGAGGUUGAGGCUGCCCCAACAUUGCAGCGUGAGGAGGUGCAGGAGCACCAGCUGCUGCAGGCAGGUCAGUGGCCGGGCUGGGCCGCAGGGCGAGUGGCUGCAGCCGGCUGGGACCAUCCCCGUGGACAUCCCCAGGGAAAGAGGGGACGAGGGGACAGGGCUGUUCCCCACGCUGGGCUCUGGCCAUGCUCCAUCCACGGGCACUCCCAGCCCCAUCCUGCGGCCAGGGAGACGGGGGUCAGUGUCCCCACCAGCCCCUGUCACGGGGCUCGGCUGUGUUCUCCAGCCUCUCCCGCAGCCCCUCAGCUCUGCCCACACUUGGUCUUUGCCAGAUCCCAACUGGGAGCUGCCAGAAGAGGAGCAGAAGCAGGAAGACACCCAUGUCCUGCACAACCCCAGAGCAAAGGUACCCGCAGCCAGCCCUGCUCUCGCUGCCCAGCCAAGCACCGCUGUUGGGCACUCGGUGUGGCAUCCUUCUCUUCCCUGCCCUUCCUAUUCCCGCAGCUGUUUUGGGAAACUGUCCACCCCAAAGACUGUGAAGGCUCCACUGUCGAGCUCGCUGAGGCCAUGACAGAAGGACAAUCCUACGACGCGGAGGCUGGUGCUGCUCUGCUGGAUAUGCUUGUGGAAAGCGAGGUCUCCACUUUGAAGCAGGUGCCCAGGAUUGUGCGGUGCAUCCACCGGUGGUUCAUGACCAACACGGACGAGUCAGUUGAGCACAGCCUGGACAACACCCUUGUGGAGCUCACCGACGCGCACCCCCAUGAUGUGGUGGUGGCCCUGCUGCGCUGUGCCCCAUCGUGCGACCGAGCCGCUGCAGCCAUGUGGAGGAUGAUGGUCACCACCAGCAUGACCACAAAGAAGGUGUUCCGGGAGCUGCUCUGCGUGCUGGAAGACUGGCCGCUGCACAGCACGUCCACCUGUGACGGGGACCAACAGGACGUCCUUGCCCUGGCUGCAACCAGGGCUCUGUGGGAGAUACUUCAAAUGCCCAGGUUCCCAAGAGGGCUGAAGGUGUAUUUCCCUCGCCUCCUCCUGGCUCUGCUCUUCCAAGUUGUGUACAGCACAGAGCAGAUGCCAGACGAGGUGGAUACUUUCUGGAGGGAAUGCCAGGAGGAAGGCGGCCUUCCCACCAGCCCCAGCAGGUUUAUAGUGCUGACUGUGAAAGCACUGCUCUGCCGUCUGGGCUAUAGGCUUGUAGCCUUUGAAGUGGAACGUAAGCGUGGCUGGGACACGCUCCUCCACGCUGAGACCCACCACUGCGCAAUGGGGCUGCUGGCCAGAGAGAUCCGUGUUGUCUCAAGACACCUCAAUGCCUCUGUGGUGUCCUACCUGGUCGAGCUGCUCAGCAGGAAUGAGCCCCGCUGUGAGCUCCCUGCCAUGGCGUUCCUUGUGGAGAUCCUGGCCUCCCCUGGCCCAAACGUAAGAGCUGAGAGCUUCCUGCAGCUUGUCCCAAGAUACCUGCAGAGCAACUGCAGCAUGACGCGUUCCCUGCUGCUCAAAGGCCUCAACGUGAUCUGCGACACACCGUGGAUGGUCCCAAAAAUGCGGUUCCUGGUGCCAAGACUCACGGAUCUACUGCAAGACACAGACAUGGAUAUGGUCAGGAUGACCCUCUCUGUGCUCAGGAAGGUGGUCCGUGACCCGAGCGUCCCAAUUUCCACCCCCAUCGCACUGCAGCUGGCUGAGAGGCUCCAGCCACUCUUUGACAACGACCAGGUGCACCUGAGGCAGCUGGUGCUGAGCUCUUGCCCUCUUCCUGUCCACCAGGAGUCCUGGUAUGUGCGACAGCUCUCCGUCAGCAUCUUUAAAGAGGUGAUAGAGCAUGUAGCAAAUGAUGGAAAAAAGCCGCUGAAGACGCUUGUGCACCAGAGCCUGCUCCCCCUGAUCUUCCACGUGUUUGAUGAGAACAAGGCCGUGGCAGCGACCUGUAGGGAUACCCUGCUGCAAGCUACCGCUUUCCUGAAGAAGGAGAAGCUCAGGCAGGUGGUGUUAAGGGAUCAGCAGACAGAGGCGAUCGGCGAGUGCCUGCUGGACAAGCCCCCCGAGCCCAGUGUUUGUGGCUGGCAGCUGUGCCCCUGCCCACUGCUGCAGCCCAUCGCCGCCAGCCUGCAGCCCACACACGCUCCCGUACCUCGUGUGUGCGGCCCCACGGGCUCUUCUCCAAGCUCCUCUCCCUGCCCGAGCCCAGGGCUGCUGACGGAGCCCCGGCCCAGCUGCGGGUUGGGGACAGGAUGGCACUGCAGCUCCUCGGGGAGCAGCCAGCCCUCUUGCUCCCUCCAGACCCGGCACCAGCCGGCUGCUGGCUGGGUGUUGUGGGUGUCCUGGCAGGGGAGGCCAGUCCUGGGCACAGGGACCACCCGGCCAGGGGCAGAGUCUGCACCAGCCCUUGUCUCCAUCCCCUGUCGCUCUCUCCAGCUGGUAGAGUGCCGCAGCAGAGCAGCAGAGUACCUGGGUCAGUCAUUGACGUACGUGCAGAGCCCACAGGACUCCAUACGAGAGGCAGCCGUCGCGUUCCUUGGGGUCCUUGGGCAGCACAUGAGGGCUCAGCCGGAGAAGUUCCGGCUCAUCUACCACAGUGAGUGAGGGCAGCGGGGUGUCAGCAGGGACUGGUGGGGAGGAGGAAGGACCCUGGCCAGGGAGCUGCAAUCCCUGCCCCGGCCGGGGAGGGCUCUGCUCCCUGCGCAGACGAGGGGUGGUGGGGGCAGAGCAGAGAGAGGUUUC